CUCUUUAAACAUGGAAGUUCCUGUAAUCAACAGAAUCAAGGAUGUUCAUGUGGGUUUAACCUCUCUGCAAAACCCGUCCUUUUCUUCUGGGGUACAAUCUCUUUCCUUCGCUUACACUUUCUGUAAAUGGAGUGCUUUAAUUCUCGCUCUCGUCGCUACCUUUGGAAGUUUGAUCAAUAAGAUUAACGUUCUAAUCGUCACAUUCCGUCGCCACAGUCCUCCUCUUCCUUCGAUCCCUCUUCUCAAUGGCGAUGAUUACUCCAGCUCCGACGAGGACGAGGAGGAGGAGGAAGAAACUAGCUCGUCGCUGUCUUCUCCGUCGUCGGAGUUUGGAGAAGAAGAGGACGAUGAAACGACGACACCUUCUUCUUCUUUAAUGAGUCCCUUCAAUUGGCGCAUGGCGGGGGAUGAAGAUUUCAGAGUUCGAGGCUCCGGUCACCGAAUCGAUGACCGAUUGCAGAGCGGCAGUGUCAGGCUCCGACGACGUCGUAGCAUCAGAGACAUUUUCUCGCUGUCGGAAAUCGUCAACAGCAAGAGCGUCGUCAAAUUGUGGGACAGCAUAGGGUUUGGGCUCAGUUUAGACUUCGAAGAUGAUGAAAUCUCCGUGGGAAGUUUGUCCCGGCCGCCGCCGGCGGGGUCCAGUUCACCGUCACCUGUGGUCUUGUCCGCCGAGAAAAACGCGUCAGGUAAAACGGCCGUGAAGAUUUGGGACAGUCGCCUCCGGCAAAGAUUACCGGCGGUGAUCGCCGAGUGGAAACCUAACCUAGGCAAGAUCGUCGGGGUCGGUUUCGGCGAAGUCGAGAAGUUUUACGUAAGAGACGACGUACACGAUGACGUUACCAUGGGAGACCUCAGGAAUGUCAGCUCGCCGUUACGAAAUGUAACGGAAUCUGAUGCGGAUACCUGGUGGGAUACCGACGCCGUUAUUGUUUCCGCUGAGAAUUAGGGGGCCAAAAACAAAAAGGCUAGUAAAAUUGUUGCUGUAAUUCUGUAAAAUUGCUUGUUUAUCAUUAACUUAUGCUUAAAUUUUUAGGGUAAGAUGAAAAAAUUAUUUUAUCUACAAAUUUUAAUGCAUUAAUGCCGA